GUGAUCCACUCCAUGCUCGAGCUGCGGGAGGCCUUGCGGCAGGAACAGGUCCACCAGAAGGCCGCGCUGAACAAGAUUGCGGUUGGGCGCAGGAUCUACUCCCUGGCCAGGCAGAGGAUGCCCACCAAGGACGCCAACGCCCACGCCGACGCGGCGCCCGCGGAGGCCCAGGAGGGCGAGGGCGAGGUCCAGCCGGAGAGGCCCGCCAAGGCUGGCAGGGUGCAGCACCUCAUGGUCGCCUUACAGGCCGUGAGGUCGAGCGCCCGCAGGGUCAUCAUGGAGCAGAAGAUCACCGCUGGCUUCAAGGCCGUCGUCUCCCACAGGAAGGCCAAGAGGCUCCUCAGGGGCAUAAGGCACAAGCUGGGCGUCUCCACCCAGGAGGCCGUCAGGGCCCACGAGUGGGACCGGUUCAAGCAGCACCUGAUGGUCAUCAAGGAGAGCGUGAAUCUGCUCGAGGAGCAUGCGGGUCGCGAAACUGUGCAGAAGUUCCAAGAGGGGGUGAAGGUGGCGCUGGCCUGCUGCGAGAAGCAGAGCUACGCCAGGGUGGCUUUCCUGGAGGCCUGCAGGACGCUCGAGAUGAUGCAGCUCCGCGAGCACGGCAUGGCCGACCUGAAGGUGGAGGCCCUGUGGCAGGAGCUCCUCGCCGCUGUGGCCAUCAUCGACGACUACGAGGAGAACGCCAACGAGCUGAGGCAGGUCGUCGCCGAGCUGGGCCGCGGGUGCCUGGAGGACUCCGACGACGAGGGCCUGGAGACCGACGACGAGGCGGACGCCGCCGAGGAGGGCGAGGCGGCGGGCGCCGCCCAGGGUGGUGCCUCGAGGAAGGAUUCGGUGGUCUCGCUGCUCCGCGGGUCGAAGGACGGGCCGCCGAGGCGGAGGAGCUCGGCGGCCGUGCUGCUCCACGGGCAGGUGUCGCGCGGCUUCGGGCUGCCGCUCGCCCCGAUCAAGUCGAUGCACGACGCAGAGGUCGAGUCGGAGCUGGAGGAGGCUGUUGAGGCCGCUCGUGAUCAACCUGACGCUGGGAGGUCUCCUGUGCGCUCACUGGGGGCAUCCGACAUCGGGAGGUCUCCUCUGAGCCCGCCCAGCGCUACGAAGGCUUCUGCGAGCUCAUCAGGGGCUGCUGGUGGCCAAGCCGACGCAGCGAAGGCUGCCAGAGCCGCAUUCGCGCCGCUCGACGCCGCGAGGGCUGCUUCGGCAGUUCCGAGCCCGACGAGCUCGGUCGAGGCCGCCGGAGCGGCGCGGCGGAGGGCUGCCUCGAGGGCCGGCUCUGCGGCCUUCUCCGAGGGUGGCCGCCCGAAGAGCAGGCAGGAGCGGGCGGCCGAGCGGGCCGAGAGCCGGGAGAGCGCCGCCGAGAUGUCUCUGGCGAUCCCGGAGGACCAG